UCUUCAUCUACGAUUCAACUGUUAUUACCCGCAAUAAAGGGUGCAGAGGAAAAAAAUUGGAGAUGAGAAAAAGACAAGCUUUUUGGUCUGUAUAAGUACACAGUGACAGAGGCGGUUGCUUGAAGACUCUCGAGAUCAUUUCCUUUGUUAGUUGGUAACAGAAGAAUUCUUCUCUUUUCUAGAAAAGAGGAAAGUUAAGGAAAUCUGUGCUUAAACAAUAAGUGCUUUACAUUUGAAGUUAAAUCAUUUGACAAAAAUCUCAAGAUGGAAGACAAAUCUGAAUCUGCUGCGUCUGCUGUCGAAGUAGAAGAGAAGGUUAAAAAGGAGGAAAUACAUAUCAAAGUCAAGAGUAAAGAUAAAGAGCUGAAUAAUGAGAAAGCUGAGGUGGAACUUGAGUUGAAGACCAAGUCGAUAGAGAAGGAAAAGCCAAAGCAGAGUGAUGACAAGGACGACGGAGAUAAAAAGAAGAAGAAGAAUAAGAAGGAUGAAGAUGAGGAUGACAAGAAGAAAGAGAAAGACAAGGAAAAGAAGAAGAAGAAGAAGAAAGAAAAGGAGGGUGAGGAUAGUUUAGCUGAAGGGUCAGAGUUACACCAUGAAAACGAAGGGACUAAGAAAAAGGAAGAUAAGAAAGACAGUGAAAAAGAUGAGAAAAAAAGAAAGAAUAAAAAGGAACAUGAUGAGGAGGUGAGGGAGAAAGAUUCAGUGAAGGAAGAGAAAGGGACUGGUGAAGUCAAGGAUAAAAGUUUGAGUACUAAGGAAGGAGAAGAUAAGAAGCAUGGAAAGGAUGUUAAGGAAAAAGAUGAAGAGAAGAAAAAAGACAAAAAGGAAAAGAAAGUGAAAGAUAAGAAGGUCAAAGAUGAAGAGAAGGUAGGUGAAGAAUCUGAGGAAGAGAAGAAAAACAAGGAUGAAGUAGAUGAGGAAGAAGAUGAUGAAGGUAAAGGUAAAGAAGAGAAGAAGAAAAAGAAGAAGGAUAAAGAAAAGAAAGAUAAGAAGCAUGAGGAUGGAGUAGAUGGGGAAGUUACAGAUGAAGGAGGAGAAACGAAGAAGAAAAAGAAAGAAAAGAAGGACAAAGAAGAGAAAAAGGAGAAGGAACCUAAGGAUGAAGUUGAUGAGCCAAAGACUGAAGUUGCAUCUAGGGGUAUUGUAAUGGACUUGGGAGGGGAAAAGGAGAAAAAGAAAGAAGACAAAGGGGAAGAGAAAAAGAAAAAAGAGAAGCAGCAAACUGAGGAGAAAAACAAGGAUGUAGUAGAUGAGGAAGAAGAAGAGGAAGCUAAAGAGAAAGAAGAGAAGAAGAAAAAGAAGAAGGAUAAAGAAAAGAAAGGUAAGAAGCAUGAGGAUGGAGUAGAAGGAGAAGUAAUAGAUGAAGGUGGAGAAAAGAAGGAGAAGAAGAAGAAGAAAGAAAAGAAGGUGAAAGAAGAGAAAAAGGAUGAAGUUGAUGAGUCCAAGAUUGAAGUUGCAUCCAAGGAUAUUGUAGUAGAUUCAGGAGGGGAAAAAGAGGGGAAAGGUAAGGCAAAGGAAGGUAAAGAGAAGAAAGACAAAGAUAAGAAAAGGAAAAAGGGUGAGAAUGAUAAAAGCAAGGACCUCGACAAGCUGAAAGUGAAGUUAGAGAAGAUUAAUGGAAAAAUUGAUGAAGUUCUCGAGAAAAAAGCUGACAUUUUGAGGCAGAUAAAAGAAAUUGAGAAUGCAAGCUCUGUUGUUCCCUAGAAGGAUCAAGAUGCACAGGAGGCCGCUGUGAAGUAGCUCCAUAUGCAAAAUGGUGCGGCCUUCACCUGUUGCAUAUAGUGUUUCCAUGGAUUAAAGUUUUAAGAGAGCGUGACCACCUUGCUAGUGUUAUAGAAGGUGUUUUCAUAUCUGUAGUUUAAUGUGAAUAAAAUGUGAAAUACUCUUGUGAUUAAUAAAAAACAAAUGCUUUCUUGGCCCUUCAUUUCA